AUGGAUAAACGACAUAGGCCCAUCAUCCAAUCCAGAAACUGAGAGUCUGGGAAGCCUGUGUUCCCACUCGCAAUGCAUGAUGCAAUUUCCCAGAAUGCUGUUCGUCAGCUUUACGACUGUAUUGAGGACGUGGCGGCCAUAGAGAGCAAGAAAAUAUUCACUAAAACAGGCAAAAAAAUAACCUUAAACUAAAGAAGAACGUCUCUUCUCUCCCAAAAUGGUGCUUCUUGCCUCAGCAAUAUGUACAAAAAGUGGAAAAGCAAUUAUCUCUCGUCAAUUCGUUGAAAUGACAAGAUCAAGAAUCGAGGGUCUUCUGGCAGCAUUUCCCAAACUGAUGAAUUCUGGGAACACGACUAAGCAACAUACAUUUGUUGAGACAGAGAGUGUGCGAUAUGUGUAUCAGCCACUUGAAAAACUUUAUAUGCUUCUGAUUACCACAAAACACAGUAAUAUCCUGGAAGAUCUUGAAACACUACGACUCUUCUCCAGAGUGAUUCCAGAGUACUGCCGAGCAAUGGAGGAAUCAGAAAUAGUUGAAAAUGCCUUUUCCUUGAUAUUUGCUUUUGAUGAAAUUGUUGCUCUUGGAUACCGUGAGAAUGUUAACUUGGCACAGAUCAGGACAUUCACAGAAAUGGACAGCCAUGAGGAAAAGGUUUUCCAGGCUGUCAGACAGACACAAGAGAGAGAAGCCAAAGAAGAAAUGAAGAAAAAAGCAAAAGAACUCCAAGCAGCAAGAGUAGCAGCAGCCAAGGGUCGUGGAGGCAAGAUGACCAUGCCAGGAUUUGGUGGGUUUGGUAGUGGUACAUCUAGAUCAGAGAUUUCUGCUGCUAACAUUGAGACAACAGCAGUUAUAGAUACAACACCAGCUCCUAAACCAACCUACCCAACAAGACCUGCUGGUUCUGGUAAGGCUAUGAAGCUUGGUAGUAAAUCCAAAGAUGUGGAUACAUUUGUUGACAAACUACGAUCAGAAGGCACAGAAGUUAUUAGUCACAAACAGAAGUCUGUAGCUAAACCUGCUGCUGCACCAGUCGUCAAUAUGUCAAGUGUACACUUGAAAACAGAGGAAAAGAUAACAUUAACAGCUGGUCGUGAUGGUGGUCUACAGAAUAUGGAAAUCAGAGGACUUGUGGUCCUUAGAAUUAGUAAUAGUGAAGUUGCAAAAAUCAAGCUGGCUGUGGAAAAUAAUGAUGAUAAAGGCUUUCAGCUCCAGACCCAUCCAAAUGUAGACAAGAAGUUGUUUUCAUCUGAGAAUGUUAUUGGACUCAAACAAGCUGGUAAAUCUUUCCCUAUUAACAAUGAUAUUGGUUUGUUAAGAUGGAGAUUACAAACAACUGACGAAAGCCUUAUGCCUUUAUCAAUAAACUGUUGGCCAUCUGAAAACGAUGGACAGUGUGAGGUGAACAUAGAGUAUGAACUGUUACAAGACAACCUUGAACUUAAAGAUGUGGUUAUCUCAAUACCCGUCCCACAUGGUGUUGGUGGUCCAGUUGUUGGUGAAUUAGAUGGAGAAUAUCACUACAACCACAAACAAUCCCAGCUAGAAUGGCAGGUUCCUGUCAUUGAUAUCAGUAACAAGAGCGGUAGUAUGGAAUUUACCAUUGCCGGCCAUCCAGAGGACUUUUUCCCUGUUAAUGUAUCCUUCUUUUCAUCUAAGACGUACUGUGAUGUUAAGGUGACCGAAGUUACAGGUGUUGAAGAUGAAAAACCCAUCAAGUUUUCACAAGAAGUCUCUUUUACUGCAGAAAAAUAUGAAAUUGUAUAAGAAUAAGAAGCAAAUGAAGUAUAAUAAUAUGACCAAUUAUUUGAAAUACAAUGGAUAAACAGAUAGGCUGUACAGAUACUAAACCACCUCAAGUACAAGUAACAUUUACUAUAUACUGUUGUCAUUGUAGAGAAAAUCUGUGAACAGUGACUCAGUGUUGUCAUGUCAACAAGAAAAUUCAAGAACAAUGGCUGUUGCCAUAGUGAUAAGGUGGCUUUUAAGAACUCAUGUAAUUAGUAAAUAUCCUGAUUAGUUCACCCAGUCUUUAAGAAGACUGUUUUUGACGUACAUUAUAAGAUGGACAGCUAGUAGAUGUUUGGUGGGAUGUUAACUUAUAAACUACCCUACUUUAUAAAUCCUAAAAACUAUAAAACUACCUUUAAAUCAACGUACCGCACACGAAUAAACACAAGGAAAUUCUAUUGUGAUCUAUUAAAGUUAUCAAAACUAAUAUGUAUUUGGUCCACAAACACACAUCAACUACUGUAAAUGAAGUUUUAUAAAUUGAUGCUAUCAGGGGUGACGUUACACUGAGGUGCAUUCUGUACUCACUAGGGGAAGGGUAGGUAGGUCGUAAUCAAGAGCUUAGAAUUUAGAUGUGUAAAGUGUUUGUAACCAUAAACAUUAAAUUUUACAGAGGUAAAUUCAUUUAUACUAGAACUGUGUUAGUUAAUAAAUGUUGAUUAUACAUGCC